UUUUUUUUUUCUUUCUCGUUGGCUUGCUUGUACGAUAUGUUUCGUCUCCGCUGGCCAUACCUGGAGAGCCCUGGGUCGGGGGCCUGGGGCAUGCCGACUUCAAAUCAAAAUUUUUGCGAGGAGGACUACAUAAUAACGACGUACAUUGCCGAGUUCAUCAACACGCUUACGAACCUCACAUAUGUCAUUUACGGUGCCCACGGCCUCCGGAGAGUCCAACCUCGCAAAGACGGAGGGCUGUUCUCAACUCUUGCCUUUCCGUAUUGGGCCCUCAUCGGCGUCGGCGUACUCUCUGGUUGGUACCAUGCUACGUUGAAGUACCAUAGUCAGAUGGGCGAUGACCUUUCUAUGUUUCUCGCCGUAGGCGCUCUCCUCCACCAACUCCUCACCUUUGAAGCCUCCCAACGCCAACGGCUCAUCAUCACCGCUGCCAUCCUGGGCACCCUAAUCCCCGUCUCCAUCUACCACUGCGUGACGGACGAAAUCAUCGUGCAUGAGGUCGCCUUCGGCGCAAUGGUCAUCAUGGUAGGGCGCAAGAUCCGGGAGCUCAUCCGCGAAAGGAUCAAGAAUGCAGAGUCGCAGAGGAGGCUGCGAAGAAUGGCGAGUUUUGGCACGGGUAGUGGCUUAUUCGGCUAUUUCCUCUGGAACAUUGACUACCACCUCUGCUCCUACGUCACCCAAUUCAAGCGCUCUAUCGGACUCCCAUGGGGUUUCUUGUUCGAGCUGCAUGGCUGGUGGCAUAUUUUGACUGGCAUUGGCGCAUACGUCGGUAUGGCGCUCGUAGAGUAUCUUGUCACGAUUGAAGAAGGGAGGACAGAUCGGAUUGAGGAAGGCUUUGUGUGGCCCGUACGGGCUGUCUUGCGAGAUCUGGGGCGCUUGGAGGGAGAGAGCGAGGGGAAGAAGGCUCGGUAGCCGUUGAGGUAGGUCUCGGUGUAAGUCGAAGGGAGCUAAAUAGCAUGGCAAUGUGUGUAGAUAGACUAGAGAUUCAGCUUAGACGCCAUCUCAUCAAUCGUAUUUCCAAA